UGAGAGGCCAGCAGCGUUCAUCGAUCACUCUUCACUCAGUCCAAGCGGAAAGGGAAAAAGAGAAGUAGCGGGAAAGAAGAAUUAAUAGGAAUCAAGAGAAAAAGAAGAAGAAGAAAGGAGAAAGGAAACGAAGGAAUGUCGGUCUCGGCGUUGUUCGGAACGAGGGUCAUGGUGCCCAACAAGUCCUUAGCAGUGGGUGCUCCAAAAGGUGGAAGAGCAGGAGGGAUGGGAAUGGUGAUAGAAUGUUCGUCUCGGCCAAAGAAGAAGGCAACGGCGCACCACAUGAAGACAAGACCAAAGAAGACUCAGCCUUGGGAUGUUAGGCGUCGCCCAACUGUCUAUCCCCCUCUACCUCCACUCCCUCCCGAUUGGACGCUUGCUCCCUCUGAUGACUCUGCCCCUCCUCAACCACCACUCGACAACCCAUGACCACGAGGACGGUUCACCCUACCCUUCGUUAUUAUCGUCGUCUUAAUGCGUUAGGUAUUUUUUUUUUCUUCUUUUGGAUCUUUGCUUAUUCCCCUUUAUGGAUCGAUGAAUGAAAUGCCCCCUGAUCGGAUAUUUGAUUGACUGUUACUUUAGUACUUGCUAUGUUGUUUAUAGAUUAGGUGGAUUUUCGUUCUGUUCUGUAACUUUGCACGAAAAUAUUUUGGUCAAUUUGAAGCGGGUCGGAAGGACUUACGUGAUA